AUGGACGACCAGAUGGACUUCGGCAGCAGUUUCGACCCAUAUGAUAUUGAUGAAAAGCUAUUUGAGCUGCGGAGAAAACAGCGAGAGUGGGGCGCUAGAUUGGAGGAGCUGGAGAAGCUGCUGAAGCAGAUUAGGCACAGUGCCGAUGCCUUCCUGUUUCUCAUCCAGCACAGCUCAACAGCACACCAACCAUCUCGAACAGCCGCCCAGAGCGAGCGCGACGAAGCGAAGAGGGCUAUGGAGGUAUAUCAGCGAGAGAAGGAGGACUGGCAGACCGCGAUCGAGCGCCUGGAGGCUAGGCUGGGUCAUGAGAUCGGGCGCUACGAGCAGUUGUGCGAUGACUAUGACAUGCUUGUUAUGACCUUAAAGGGGAAGGUUGGGGAGGUUUGGCGCACGUUAAGGGAGCAUGAGGAGGAGGCAUAG